AUGCCACCCAAGCGAAGACGGCCGGGCGAAGCGCAACCACCGACACCGGACCCAACCGCCGUGAGUACGCGUGCCGCCACGCGCCAGACGCCCAUCUACCCACCGCCGAUACCGAUUGCCAGCCCGCCCAAGACGACGACGACUGUCGCUGCCGCCACACCGGUCGCCACGCCCGUGCCGCUUCCUAUUGUGCCUGGCCAGGCACCCUCGCCGCCGAAACUGGGCGGUGUGUGGCCCCGGAGCCCGGUCGCCGCUACACGCGUGCCGCCGCCGCCGCUACCAGCGCAGCUCGAGCCGUCACAGCUUCCUAACAGAAGCGCCGCCGCCCGUGCAAUGGGCGGUGAUUUGGGAAAGGAGAAUGCGCGCCCGUCGGGCUUCUUCUCCCCGGACAAUACACACCACGUCGUCGCGCACCAGCCGGGCCGAUCGUCCACGUCGUCGCUGGUCGGCCAUCACGGCUACCUCGCCACCACCGCCGCUAGGAUGGACACGUCGUCGACCGUGACGCCCGUGCUACCCCCGAAGCCGCCGACGAAGCUGACCGGCGGCAAACCCCCGCAAAGCGCUGACCGCAACAUUGAUAAGGUCGUCUUCGGCAACCUCUGCUUCAGAACGUGGUAUCCGAGCUACUACGGAAAGGAGGUGCUAGGCGACACCUCAGGGAACGCGCGCCAUGGCGGCGUCAAGGACCACACGACCGCUGCUGCUGCUGCUGCCGCCGCCGCCGCCGAGGCAACCAAGGCGGUCUCAAGGAAGGAGCGGGAGCAGCCGCCCAUGCUGGAGAGACUCUAUGUCUGUCCCAGCUGCUUCAAGUACGCCAAAGAGCUGGUGGCGUGGUGGGGCCACGUGCGGUCCUGCGAGCUCAAGGGCCGCGUGCCCGGCCAGCGGGUAUACGUACAUCCCCGAGGGCGGCGGAAGAUUCGUGUGCCGCACGACGGAAAAGGACCCGGCCCUAAGAAGCGCCGCGGGGACGGUGGCGUGCGGUACACGGAACAGAUUGUGCAGGAUGAGGGCGAAUGGAGCGUCUGGGAAGUGGACGGAGAGGUGGACGGAUUGUUUUGCCAAAAUUUGUCACUUUUUGCCAAGCUAUUUCUUGACAACAAGUCGGUCUUUUUUGACGUGACUGGCUUCAACUACUUUUUAUUAGUCUACACGCCUCCGUUCAAGCCGCCCGUGGGCAACGAGGCACCCGAGGCGCCGGUUCCGCAAGUCACGGGCUUCUUUUCCAAGGAAAAAAUGUCGUGGGACAACAACAACCUGGCCUGCAUCCUGGUCUUCCCGCCCUGGCAGCGCAAGGGCCUGGGCGCGCUCCUCAUGGGCGUCUCGUACGAGAUAUCCCGGCGCGAGGGCAUCCUCGGCGGUCCGGAGAAGCCCAUUUCGGAUCUCGGCAAAAAGGGCUACAAGCGGUUCUGGUCGGGCGAGAUUGCGCGGUGGCUGCUGAGCCUCGACGACGGCGGGCCGCAGAUCCCGCCGCCCGGCAUGGAGCUCAUGGUGGACGUGGGCGACUGCAGCGACGCGACGUGGAUCACGCCCGACGACUGCCUCGGUGUCUUGCGCGACAUGGGCGUCCUCGACGAUGCCGGUGUCGGGCCCGGCAAGCCUGUCCUGCGCGAGCAGACGGCCGAGGCCGCCGCCGCCGACGGCGACGAUGACGCGGCCACGACGACGGCGGACGACACCGGCAACGAGCACAACGCCGAGGACAGGCCAAAGAAGAGGAAGAAUGCGACGACCCCGGUGCCGCCGCUGACUCCUACCGCACCACCGCCGAAAUCGCCCGCGCACAUGGAGAUGGGCAGGCCGGUGCCCCGCGUGCGCGUCGACAAGGAGCUGAUUCGGCGGCACGUUGCUCUCCACCGCAUCAACCUCGAGAAGACGUGCGAUCCAGCUGGCUUUGUCGAGGGCUAUAUGCGCUGA